GGUGUCGUUUCCUGUCGGAGGACGCACAACGUGUGUUGUCUGCAGUGCGGGGCGGAAGCGUCUCUACUGAGGCCAACUCCGAAAAGGCUAUCUGUCGUUCAUUCGUACCAGUUUGACCCCCUCCAAAUACUCACCUUGGGAUGGUGCAGCCUCUGCGAAAUCUGAGGAGCUUUCUGGAGCACCGGCCUCCAUUCGUCAUCUUUUUGGUUUGCCUGCUAUCCUUGGCGGGCUGCUUCUUCAGCUUCAGCUUCUACAUCCAGACUCAUGAAGUUCAGAAUCCUGAUGUCAACCAGGAUUGGAACCAGCUAUUGAGUACCCUCUCCCAGCUCUGGUUUUGUGUCCCGGCCAACAGAACAGAUGAGUUGACGUCGCCUCAAGAAAUGAAGCAAACCCACGGGGCAUCUCCUCUAAUUGGGCAGCAUGCCUCUGACCGAGAAGCCAGCACACUGAGGAACUUCUCUUUUGUUGUAUCUGUACACUCAGAGAGACCUUCGGAGGACCUGAAGCCAUUUAAUAUCUGGACCACUGUGCAGGGACAGAAGUUGGGCCUUAAAGGUUUGGCUGCCACGACCUCUCUGAAUCUGACGAUCGCAUUUCCCUGGUGGCCGGUGCCAGACAGAAACGCCUCAAAUGGCAGUGAGGCACAUGCGUGUGUCACUAUUAUGGCUCCCUCGAGCAUCCUGCCCAAAAUCAACUCUCCUCCCAAGUGUCACAAGCACCCAACCAGUGACCUCAGGUAUGUGGUGCCUUCUUCAGAAGAUAUUGACCAGGCCGAUCCUGAACUGGCAUGUCAUCAGUUCACCCACCACCCUGACCCGGCACUUACAGUCAUGCUGUCAAAGAAUGAAAAGACCCUUGCAGUACAACAUCUGAUAGUCGUCAGCACUUACCUUCUCUUCCUGUGUACAUUUGUUUGCAUUUUGGCUUCUUCUUACAGUAAAAAGCACAAGAACCUUAGCAGCGGAGCAGACAAACAGAAGGAGUCUCUUAUUGGAUCUUAAUUUUAUUGUUCUUCUGGGUUGUGGGUUGCCCCUGGUGGAUGCUCAUCUUCUUUUUGAGACGCGUUUGAGAUGGUACAUCCAAAAUAUAAGACCGCUGUUGACUUUUGUGUUGCCAUCAUGAUGACAUCAAUUCCAGUUGAAAGACUGUAGAAGAAUUAGGGUAGACUUACUUGAAGAAUGUUGGCUUUUUACCGGUGGGACUGAUUGCUUCUGCACUCAUGUGAUAACGCUGCCAAUAGGACCGCCAGCUAUUUCAUUGCUAACUUGGGACCUGGGUGACUGUCCUUCAGGGUGCUCUGAGUGAAGGCAUUCUGGAUACCAAAAUCUCAAGUGUCAGAAACAUGACAGAGUUGGCCCAAACCAAUUUCAUGUUCUGGGUAUUUUGUUGUUUUUUUUUUGUUUGUUUUAAACUGGGUGAUAUCUUAAAGGUACUGGUUUCAAUGCAGAUGAAAUAUCUUCUCAGUUUGGUUCUUGGUUUUUAUUUGCUGGACUUGCACAGAUGUCAUCUCUCUUUGUUGACUCAAAGGUUAGUUGGUGAAAGUAAAAGAGUAAAGCAAUAAAUGAUGCAAUGUUUUAUUAUUAAA